UGUUUCUUUUUUUUUUUUAUUCCCUUUUUAUGCCUGUCUUUAAGGAGACGCAUAGCAAACCACCCAGAGAGGUUCAAUCGAACCCCAAUCCCUCCUCCUUUUGAUGAUUCUGGACAAUCUGGAGAACGGGUUUAAGGAUUUGGAUUUUUAUUUAAAUUAAUACUUUUCUGGAGCAUGGAUUCAGUGAUAUGUGAAUACUCCUCCUUGGUUCAAAACUUCAAAUUGCACAUCUCAAUUUCUGGAAAUCGGGUUCAAGGAAUUAGGAGUUUCAAAGUUUUAUAUUCUGACAUCUUCUCUGAACGUUGUCAAUGCGAGCAGAUAUUCAAAUGCUACCGUAACCGAUCCGGUUGUCAGGGCAGGACUUGCACUGCGCAGCAAUACUUGGCGAGCUGGAGAGUGCGAAUAGAAAAAAUAUUUUGGGUGGAAUGACCUAAAUGGACGCGGAUAAAACGCUGAUUCUUGAUUAAUUGGCGAGGGUAAAGUUAAAAGAGGAUGGCAAAUAGAAAACCUUUUUUUGGGUGGAAUGACCUAAAUGGACGCGGAUAACCACUGAUUCUUGAUUACUUGGCGAGGGUAAAGUCGGGAGAGGAUGGCGAAUAGAAAAAGUGUUUUGGGUGGAAUGACAUGCACCCGGUCUUUAACAUUGACCCCGUGACUCUUGAGUUAAAUUUUUUUUCUUCUAGUCGGGAAAACUACAUAAACAGACCCUCGACUUUGACCCUCAGGGUCAUGUCGGCACUACUCCUCUUUCUCCUUUCCCCUCCUUUCUCUCCUCUCCGAUUGAUCACUCACCCCCUCCCUUCUCCCGAUGGGUCAUAUAAAUACCAAUCAGAUAGAGCAAAUAGUUUGCAAGUCCCGCUCUGAAGCUCUGAAGCUCUGGAGCUCUGAAGUCCCGGUUACGGUGGCAUUUGAAUAUCUGCCUGCCAUCUUAAGUGUCAUAUAUACACAGAUGGAUUGUGUCCCGGUUGCUGUUAGCGCCCCUCGACGUUCGGAACUGGAAGGCACAAGCGACGAAGAACGUUCUACAAUGGUAUUGCAUAAAUAUAUCUCUUCCCUCAUCACCAUGCUAGGCAUCUUCAUCCAACUGAAGCAGGGAGCCAAAAACGAGUCUCUGUUCGAUACAAGCUACCCGACUAUAGUGUCUCUUAUGGUUGCCAUACUCGCUUAUGGUGGAUCACUAAUUGGCUUUAGAGGCCCUAAUUCGUGCUUGGCAGAAUCAAUCAUCAAUAAGAUUAGCCUCCUCCUUGGAACUCUUGCUGUGGUUUUAGAAAGUUUUAGGGCUAGUAGCCGGAUUGCUUUGGGUUGUUUGGUUUGUGAAAGUUGUACGAAAUGACUACGCCUUCGAGUACCUCAAAACAUUGUAUGAAAAUGCAAUUGCAUUAGUUGUUCAUACAUUUGGCAAAUUGAAAGACUAUCUGAACGUGAUCAUUCGACAUUUCACAACGGAACCCGAAGAACAAAUUGAUGAGCUUUCUCAAGUAACCACAGUUUAGGGUUGGGGUAUUUCUUUUACUCGUUAUUUUUUCUCCUUAUUUUGUUGAGUUGGACUAUAUUGAACUCAGCAUAUGAAUAGUUAAGUGUGAAGUGGUAUUAUGUGAAAGAAAAUUCAAGCAACCGCAUCCUAAUUGAUUAGCUCUUUCAUGCA